UCUCAAUACCAAAUUAAAAAAUUGAUAAUAAGUAUUCUCCUACUUCUCACAAUUAUGUAAGAAAAUAUAAUAUUUCUGCAUGCAAGAUCAAUAUUGAAUGAUCUUAGCUCAACAGGAUCAAGAUGAGCACAAAUUCUUCUCAAAUCUCCGCCACCAACAGGCUAGAAGGUAAGGUGGCUUUGAUAACAGGCGGAGCCAGUGGAAUAGGAGAGUCCAGUGCUAGGCUGUUUGUCAAACAAGGAGCCAAAGUCGUCAUCGCUGAUGUCCAAGAUGAGCUUGGCCUUUCUCUUUGCAAAGAAAUUGGCUCAGAAGUUAUUUCCUAUAUCCAUUGUGAUGUAACAUGUGAUUCCGAUGUCCAAAAGGCAGUGGAUUUGGCUAUCUCCAAGUAUGGAAAGCUCGAUAUUAUGUUCAGCAACGCUGCAGUUUCAGGCAACUCACCUCCAAUGAUUUUAGCCACAGAAAAUGAAGAUUUCAAAAGGGUAUUCGAUGUCAAUGUAUUUGGUGCUUUCUUGGCAGCCAAACACGCUGCCAGGGUCAUGAUCCCAGCCAAGAAAGGCUGUAUUCUCUUUACUUCAAGUGCUCUUUCAGUGACUUGCGCAGGAGGUCCCCAUCCAUAUGUGGCAUCAAAACAUGCAGUGGUUGGCUUGGCCAAGAACCUGUGUGUGGAAUUGGGCCAAUAUGGUAUAAGAGUCAACGUUGUUUCUCCAUUUGUAGUAGUGACCCCAAUGAUGAGGAAAUCUAUGGGCCUCAUUGUAAUGGAGAAGGAGAAGAUCCAAGAAGCUGUGUCUUGUGCAGCUAACUUGAAAGGGGUUGUGUUGGACGGAGAAGAUAUAGCAUAUGCAGCUUUGUAUUUAGCAAGUGAUGAGUCCAAGUACGUGAGUGGGAUGAAUCUGUUGGUUGAUGGAGGAUUUAGCCUUACCAAUCCUUCGUUUGCUGUGGCAAUGAAAAGCCUCUUCUCUUGAGUCACUGUAAUGUUUGGUCAACUCUCAUGUUAUAUUUGGGCGAUUAUAUAUGCUUGUUCCUUAAUUGUACGCAUCUGAAAUAAGAAUAUUUUCUACCUGGAAUAAACAAAUUUAGCAUGUUUA